GUAACCUGAGUGAAUACAGCACUUUGGGACUCAGCCUCCGACAGCGACAAGAAAGAUGAUGGAAACUCAAGAGAUCGACGAAGGCCUCUAUUCCAGACAGCUAUAUGUGCUGGGCCUUGAUGCCAUGAAACGAAUGAAGACCUCGAAUGUGUUGAUCUCUGGGAUGGGUGGUCUUGGUGUGGAGAUCGCAAAGAACGUUAUUCUCGCGGGAGUGAAAUCUGUCACAAUUCACGAUGACAGAGAGGCUGAGUGGAGCGACCUCUCUUCCCAGUUUUACUUGACCGAGGAAGAUAUUGGGAAGAAUCGGGCAGAAGUAUCUGUGUCAUGCCUGGCAGACCUGAACAGUUAUGUUCCUGUCCGCUCCUACGUGGAGAAGCUGAAAGAAGAUUUCUUAUUGAAUUUUCAGGUGGUUGUGCUCACAAACUCGUCUCUGGAUGAACAAACACAUAUUGGACAAUUUUGUCACGUGAACGGCAUCAGAUUCAUUGUGGCGGACACUAAGGGCUUGUUUGGCCAAGUGUUCUGUGACUUUGGUGAAGAGUUUAUCGUGAUUGAGCAGGAUAAUGCAGAGCCCACUCACGCUGAAGUGUCAUGGAUCACCAAGGAGAAUCCAGGGAUUGUGACCUGUUUGGAAGAAGGUCAUGGUUUUUUUCCUGAAACUUACGUGACCUUCUCCAAGGUUCAGGGCAUGACGGAGCUAAAUAACUGUGAGCCCAUUGAAAUCAAUUUCCUUGAUCGUUACUCCUUCGCCAUCUGUGACACCAGUUGCUUCGGUGACUACGAGAAAGGUGGGAUUGUGACAGAAGUCAAGAUGUCAAAGAAACUUGCCUUUAAACCUAUAGCGGAGGCACUGAAAGAGCCUAGAUACCAAAUAUCAGAUUAUGGUAAAACGGAGAGGCACGGAACCCUGCACAUUGCUUUCCAGGCUCUCCACAGGUUUGUGAAGGAAUGUGGCAGACUCCCCAAAGCCAGGUCAACGGCUGAUGCUGAGCGCUUGGUAGCGAUUGCAAAGAGAUUGAGUGAAGACGUUCCAUCGAUCGUUGAAGAUGAGCCACUGAAUGAGGACUUGGUUAGAAAGUUAUCCUACGUCGCUGCUGGCAACCUGAGUCCAGUCAAUGCAUUCAUUGGGGGUAUAGCUGCACAGGAAGUGAUGAAGGCCUGUACAGCGAAGUUCAUUCCCCUGAAUCAAUGGCUGUACUUUGAUGCCCUUGAGUGUCUGCCUGAAGAAAACGAAGACAUCCUUUUAACUGAAGAAACCUGCCAGCCCAAAGGCUGUCGUUACGAUGGGCAAAUUGCAGUCUUUGGCGCGGAUGUUCAAGAGAGGCUGAAGACGCAGAAGUAUUUCCUGGUGGGGGCUGGUGCCAUUGGAUGUGAACUACUGAAGAACUUUGCCCUGAUUGGUCUGGGAGCAGGGGAAGGCGGUGGGAUUAUAGUGACCGACAUGGACACCAUUGAGAGAUCCAAUCUCAAUCGCCAAUUCCUCUUCAGAAACAAAGACGUCUCGAUGCUCAAAUCGGAGACAGCAGCUGCAGCGGUCAGGAAGAUGAAUCCUAACCUGCAAGUCAUUGCCCACCAGAACCGGGUUGGACCAGAGACUGAAAGCAUCUACAAUGAGGAUUUCUAUCAGGAUCUGGAUGGAGUGGUCAAUGCACUGGACAAUGUAGAAGCUCGUCGAUAUGUGGACAGCCGCUGUGUCUCGUACAGAAAACCGUUGCUGGAGUCGGGUACCCUCGGCACUAAAGGACAUACUCAGGUCAUCAUCCCUGACCUUACUGAAAGCUACGGGUCCACCCCAGAUCCUCCAGAAAAAUCGAUCGCCAUCUGUACAGUGAAGAAUUUUCCCAUCGCUAUUGAGCACACUCUGCAGUGGGCACGAGAUGAAUUUGCAGGAUUGUUCACACAGCCAGCAGAGAACGUCAACCAGUACUUCCAAGACUCUACCUUUAUGGAUCGGACAUUGAAGCUGCAUGAAGGUCAGGCUUUGGAAAUCCUGGAAGGUGUUUACAAGAGCCUGGUGUCCGAUAAACCAGUGACUUGGGAUGACUGCGUGGGCUGGGCCAGAAGACACUGGCAGACACAGUAUAGCAACAACAUCCGCCAACUCCUGCACAACUUCCCAUCGGACAUGGUCACAGCUCAAGGAGUUUCUUUCUGGUCAGGUCCCAAGAAAUGUCCCCAUCCUCUGGAAUUCGAUUCGGCCAAUGAUCUGCACAUGAACUACAUUGUAUCAGCGGCUAACCUGUUUGCAGCGACUCAUUCCAUUCAGGGCUCCACGGACAGAAAUUCAAUUCAGAAGAUACUUUCAGAUGUGUCCAUUCCAGACUUCAUCCCAAAAUCUGGGGUUAAAAUUCACGCCACUGACAAAGAAAUGGAAGCAGAUACAGAUUCACUGGAUGACGAAAGGCUGGAUGAACUCAAAAAUCAUCUUUCUUCCCGCGAAGCCAUCAAUGGGUACAACAUGCAGCCUGCUGACUUUGAGAAGGACGAUGACACCAAUUUCCACAUGGAUUUCAUUGUUGCUGCAUCCAACCUAAGAGCUGAGAAUUACAGCAUUCCACCCGCAGACCGCCUCAAGAGCAAGCUGAUCGCUGGUAGAAUCAUCCCAGCCAUUGCCACCACCACAGCAGCAAUCGUUGGCCUGGUCUGUCUGGAACUCUACAAGGUCGUGCAGGGUCACAGGUCAAAGACCUCCUACAGGAACGGCUUCAUCAACCUGGCUGUCUCUCUCUUUGCUUUUUCGGAACCUGUCCUUGCUCGCAAGAUGAAGUACUACGACACCGAGUGGACUUUGUGGGAUCGUUUUAAGGUACAAGGUAUCAAACCAAACGGUGAGGAAAUGACGCUACAAGAAUUUUUGGAUUAUUUUAAGAAUGAACAUCACCUGUAUGUCACAGCGCUGGCUUUUAGGAUUUGUUUCGUUCCCACAGAUUCAGAGGAGAAAUUGGCACUGAGAUUGUCAGACAUCGUGAAGAAUCUCACAAAGAAAGACAUUGAGAGAUGUGUGAAGACGCUUUUGUUUGAGAUAAUCUGUACGGAUGAGAAGGGUGAAGAUCUUGAAGUGCCCACUGUUUUCUAUCAGAUACGUUAAGUGGAGAGAGCACUCACACCCAAAUGCAGUAGUUUCUUACAGCUUGUAGUUUUAACAGUUUGUCAAUCAUACCUAUUCAUCAGGUUUAUAUUGAAACUUUUAACCCCAAAACUUGUUUUAAACAAGUUUAAAAAGUUGUGGCAUUUAAAUUACUAUAAUGCGUUUUUAGUUGAUGAUGAGCUAUAAUUGUCAUAAAAAGUGGAUCAGGUUGAGGCCAGACACUGGACCCAUUUAAUAAACAUCUCAAUGCUGUGCUGGGAGGAAGGUGGUAGGUGGGUGUUCUCUGGAAGGAUGAGAUCAAGCGGGCAGAAGGACCUUCUUUGUCCCAACUGAUCUUGUGAGCACUUUCUGAUUAAAAUAACAUUCUUGAUCUCUGGCAUUUCCUAUUGUAUGCAACAUAGACUGAGAAACUGAAGACCUCUCUCUGUCACCUGGAAAAGUCCUACUCUAUUUUGACUGCGUACUUAAGUGUUAAAACUUGCCACAUUAUCUAAAUUGCAAAAGACAGAUUCAAAAGGCCUUCUCUUAAAACUAGCUUCAGAACAUAAUAUAAAUUAAAUGUAAAAGUUCUCGGGAUGUCUAUUGGACUUACUAAAGUUGUCAAAAAGAUACCAGCACCCCCAACUUUAAUUAUUAACAGUAAGUGUAAGAUCACUUGGCAUUAAUAAUCAGCGCUCUCUGCCUUCAGCAAGAGUAAUUUGCGGCGACUAAUUAUAACUCAGAUUUCCUGCUCUAAAUUGCUAAGCUAGCAAAGCUAGCAGAAUCGAUGUUAAUUUUCAUGAGCGGUACAGUAUGCUUGAGGCGUUAGUGAAAUUAUUUUGUGAAGCAUCAAUGCACCUUCCGGCUAUUUAAAUAAAAUGUCAUUACUGCCUGACUUCUUGGGAAUGAAAUGGAUGAGACUCAAGAAGAAUAUAAGUUGGCAUGGGGGUUCAUGGUAGAGAGGAGCGAUGUCAGGAAAAGGGCUGUUUGUAAGCUAUUGUUGGUAUUAUUCGCCCCUUCUCUUCCUAUUUUCAGGUCUCUGCUGAAGACCUUUCUUUUCGACUGCGCCUUUGGUCACCUUCCUCCCCAGCCCCCUGGCUCUGCCCCAGGAUCCAUUGCUAUGAAGCGCUCUGAGGCGCCUCUGAUUUAUGCACCAUGUCAGGACUUGGAACUCAUAUAUACUCCAGGCUGAUACUCCGGUGCAGUGUCACAGUUGCUGUUCUUUGGAUGAGACAUUAAACUUUUAAUGAUACCAUGGCACUUUUCGAAAAAAGAAGGGGGUUUCUCCUGGUAAUGGCCAACAAUCCCCCAAAUAAAAUUAGUCAUUCGCUUCACGGUUAUUUGUGGGAAAUGAUUGCUCAAAUUUUCUGCCGUUUGCCUACAAAACACAGUAACACUUUACAGUAAAUCCUGUGACCUAUUUUGAGAUGUCUUCCCGAAGUGAAAGGCAACAUAUUAGAUGUAAGAGUUAGUAUUAUAAAGAUCCCAUGGUACUAUUCAAAAAGAAAAGAGAGUUUCUCCUGGUAUCCUGGCCAACAAUAUCCAGAUAAAUUGGCCAUUCAUGUCAUGGCUGUUUGUGGGAUAUUGCUGUGUGAAAAUUAGCUGUCACAUUCGCCUACUAAAUACACAUACACUUCGCGGUAAUCCCUUGAAACAUUCUCAGAAGUGUUCUGGAUAUAAAAAACAAAAUUAAGGAUUUUUUAAAAAUUAUUACAAGCAUAGAUUUAAAUUUCUAUAUCUAUAUCCACAACAACUUCAGUUUGCUUCCCCAUAGACCACAGAUUUCCUGCUCAGGAUUUCACCCACUGUGGCCACACAUUGCAAUCUGGACUCAUAACAGGAACAAGGGCAGUUUAGGGAACAAUGUGAUUAUGGAAAUAACAUUUGAGCUGGUGUACAGUCAGGAUUUUGAACGUUGCCUUCAGCUGGGUGUGAAUUAUUCUUAACCUGAACGAACAGGAAAUUUAGAAACAGCACAAUUGUUUGACGGUGCUGUAGAGUACUGUAGUGGUUUUUGGUUCGCUCUUCAUUUUUAUACUCUUAACUGCUAUUUUCCAUGCAUGUCCAGACAUUGGAGGGACUAUGCUGCACUGAAGUAAACAGCUCAGUAAUCAAUUUCAUUGUGUGGCAUUUUGCAGGAAAUCAUUGCAACAAAGGCUAGGACAAGUUACUAUUAAAUGGAACGGUUGUGUUCAGCCAUGGAUGCUAAUUACAUGCACAGUAAGACUCACGCUUGGCUGACCUUUUCCCUGCAUCGAAUUACAUACUGUAAAGGUUCUAGCCACAAAGUUGUCUACAAUAAACUGGAUGGUAGGUAUCCCUGGAAUGUGAGCCUCUGUUGUGGUGAUCUACCAAAUAAACAAGAAUUCUCAGGCAAAGUUA